AGUUAAUGAUUCCACUGAGACGUCUGCCACACCAGUUGAAUGUGUGAAUGAUUACAAAUGACUGCAGACAUGACAAGGACCAGACUCCAGCUAUGCCACAGCACUUAACACUCCUGCUAGAAUGCCCUCUUGUAAUUGCGGCCAUUUUUGUCACUGGCAUCGGUGGGACAUUUCAAUAUGGAUUCUGCAUAUCUGUGAUGACUUCCCCGUCUGAUUUUAUAAAGGAGCUGGUGAACAAAACGUGUCUGCACAGAUACGGCGUGUCCUUGGACAAGUCGCAGGUUUCGCUCAUCUGGUCCUUCACCGUGUCCAUUUUCUGCCUCGGGGGGUUGCUGGGGACGCUGGUGGCUGGUCCCCUGGUUACAAAAUUUGGGAGGAAGCCAUGCCUUUUGUUAAACAAUUUGCUGGCUAUCAUUGGAGCUGUGUUGAUGCUCGUCAGCCAAGCAGCAAUGUCCUUUGAGAUGAUCAUGGUGGGACGAUUUCUCUAUGGCAUCAAUUCAGGAGUCAGUCUCUCAGUUCACCCCAUAUACAUCAUUGAAUGCACCCCCAAGAGGCUGCGUGUGAUGGUGGGCGUGACUAUCGCUUCUUGCAUGUCCUUUGGGAAGUUCUCUGGUCAGCUGCUGGGGAUCAGUGAGUUGCUUGGCACAGAGGAGAGGUGGCCCUGGCUGCUUGGUUUCAACGGUUUUGCUGCGUUGCUCCAGCUCUUUACCCUGCCCUUCCUUCCAGAGUCUCCCAGGUUCCUGCUGCUGGACAGAGGAGACCGCCAGGCCUGCGAGAAAGCAUUAAGGAGGCUGUGGGGCAACAAGGACCACAGCAUGGAGGUGGAGGAGAUGCUGCAGGAGAAGGCCGCCUUGGAGAACGUUCGCAGCCACUCAGUGAUGGAGCUGAUUUGCGACCAAAGUGUGCGCUGGCAGCUCAUCACAAUCAUUUUUACCUUCACACCACUGCAGCUCUGUGGCAUCAACGCUGUGUACUUUUAUUCUUUUGAGGUGUUCGGUGCAGCAGGAAUCCAAGAACACCAGUUACGUUACGCUGCCUUGGGAACAGGGCUGUGUGAGUUAGCCACUUCUAUAGGUUGUUUUAUGACCAUUGAGAAUACAGGCAAAAAGGUCCUGUUGUUCAGAGGAUACUUGGGAAUGUCUGCAACACUGAUCCUCCUCACCAUCACUCUGUACCUGCAAACGCACAUCUCCUGGAUGCCAUACUGCAGCAUGGUCCUCAUUUUCAUCUUCAUUUUCUUUUUCGCCGGUGGACCGGCUGGAGCGACAGCUCCUCUUCCGGGGGAGAUAUUUACUCAGUCGUUCAAAUCAGCUGGAUACACCAUCGCCUGCACUAUCAACUGGACAGGCCUGUUUGUGCUGGGGAUGAUCUUCCCCACCUUAGUGGAGAAAAUGGAUUACUUUUGUUUUCUUAUAUUCCUGUGCUUCUGCGUCGUCUGUGGGCUGUAUGUGUGGUUCUACGUCCCUGAGACCAAGAACCGGACAGCGCUGGAGAUCGCUGCAGAGUUUCGAAAGAUGCAUUCCAAACCUGGAGAACCACAGAGGGAAAUAAACAUGAAGCAGGAAGUCAACAAAACCCAAGCAAACGAGACUAAAUUUUGAUAAUAUUCACCAGAGUCAUUUAGUUCGAAGAAUUCACUUCUUGUUCCACUGAGGAGAUUAAAACUUCUUAAAUGUUACGAAGAAGAAGUAAUAAGCAUUAUCUAACUAUUAAUAGUUAACUAAUGUGUCUUAAGAUAAUUAACUGAUGGUGUUUAUCUUAAAUAAUGUAGUCAUUUAUGUAAAAGAGGUGUCCGUUACCAGGGAUUAAUGCACAGCGUGUUGUCCUGAGUCACACAGUGCAAAGCUUCACAGAACAGCUGACCGAGUCCUACAUAAAGAAAUCCACAGUCCAGCAGCAUUACACAACUUAAAGGAAUCAUUCAUAGGCUUAUAUAGACAACCAAGAGAGAUGGGGAAGCUCUCAGUUUCAUUACAAUGUGCUCAUAUAUGGCUGUUAAAAAACUGAUGGUUACAUGUGAAUAGCUACAAAUUGUAACAUAGAGCCCCUUUAAGUAUGACUUUAGAAAUGCACCUUUUAAAAAAAUAAAUAUGAA